CCAUAUAUACCAGAAGAUGCUAUCCCUGGUUAUAUAUAAUAUGUUCUCUAGAUUGUUUUCAUUUUCCAUGCCAACUUUUAUCAUACUGGUGGAGCAGUGUGUGUGUGUGUGUGUGUGUGGCUUGCUGUGGGAGCUGAUUAGUUUAUGGUUUGUCUGGCAGCUCCUUCAUGUUUCGGACGCACCGCAGUAAUUGCAGAGGGAAGUUGCGGUUGGAUGGGCCGGAGACCUUUUAGUUUUUGUGCAGUGAGAGAGAGAGAGGGGCCGUGGGGGCGAGGGAGCAGGGAGAAAGACCCAUGAAAGUCCAGUUCAGACGAGUUUGCUUCAUUUUGUAACAAACAGCAGAAUCUCAGUGAUGCCAUCGCGGAUGCUCUCCAAGUUAUUCGGGCCUGGCUGUGAUAUAAGAGAUCGGUGAUCCUUCAUCCCGGGCGUCAGUCGGGGCGUCGCUCUCUCUCUCUCUGUCAAUCUGCACUUUUUUCCCCUCUCUCUUCGUGGUCUCUCUACAUUUCUUUCCCCACUGCUCCUCUCUCUCCCCUCGACCAUGGCUCCGAGCCUGGCCACGGCGUUCGCCCGGCGCUGGUGGAUGGCGGUGACCUCCAUCAUCGAGAACCUGCUCUUCUCCGCCGUGCUGCUCGGAUGGGGAUCCCUCCUCAUCAUGCUCAAGUCCGAAGGCUUCUACUCGUACCUUUGCAACGAAGAAGGCUUCAACAGUUCCAGCUUCAACCUGUCCCUCCCCCUGGCGACGCCGACGCCCGACGAAUACGCCGACUACUACGAAAGCGAAGGCGUGGGAGACGGAGUGGAGAUGAGGCCCUUGGUCCCCGUGGACGGGCCCCUGAGGAUGAACGGCUGGCUGAUUUGUAAGGAGCAGGACGAGAUGCUGAACCUGGCGUUCACAGUGGGCUCCUUCCUGCUCUCGGCCAUCACGCUGCCGCUGGGGAUCGUCAUGGAUAAAUACGGGCCUCGCAAGCUGCGCCUGCUGGGCAGCAUGUGUUUUGGAUUGUCCUGUCUCCUCAUCGCUUACGGAUCCUACAAUCCAAAUGAGCUCUCCGUCCUUAUCUUCAUUGCCCUGACUUUUAAUGGCUUCGGGGGCAUGUGCAUGACCUUCACCUCUCUCACACUCCCUAACAUGUUUGGGGACCUCCGUUCCACCUUCAUCGCCCUGAUGAUUGGCUCCUACGCCUCCUCCGCUGUCACCUUCCCCGGUGUCAAGGUGAUCUACGACCUGGGCGUAGCGUUCAUUACUAUCCUGGUGGUGUGGGCCGCGUGUGCCGGAGUGGUCUUCCUGAACUGCUUCUUGAACUGGCCAAUGGAGCCUUUCCCAGGACCAGAAGACAUGGACUACAGUGUGAAGAUCAAGUUCAGCUGGCUGGGCUUCGACCAUAAAAUCACAGGGAAGCAGUUCUAUAAGCAGGUGACCACGGUGGGGCGUCGCCUCAGCGUGGGCGACAACCUGAAGCCGAAGGAGCUGGCCAAUAAGGACGGGAACAAGCUGUGCCUCUCCACCAUGGACCUGGAGAUCAAGACAAAAGAAGAGACUCAGUCAUUCUUAAAAACCAUCAUCAGCCCCAUCUUCCUGCUCAGCCUGGUGACCAUGUCCGUCACUCAGCUCCGCCUCCUGUUCUACAUGGGCGCCAUGAACAGCGUUCUGGAGUCGCUCAGCGACGGAGACCUCAACACAGUGGAAAGAAUGGAAGUCGUGGGUCUGUACUCCUCCAUCUUCGGCAUCCUGCAGCUGCUUUGCCUGAUGACCACUCCUGUGAUUGGUCAGAUUAUGGACUGGAAACUGAAGGACUGUGAUGAUGGAGAGGAAAAAAAGCCUGGUAGCAAGGGGGAGACAAAGGUUAAGCGCAGAGACAAGAAAGCCCAGAAGGUGACCAAUGCCUUGCGAGCGUUCCUCCUCACAAACGUCCUUUUAGUGGGAUUUGGGAUCACGUGCCUGGUGCCCAAUCUCCCCGUGCAGAUUGUGUCAUUUGUCUUGCACACCGUGGUGAGAGGGUUCCUUCACUCGGCGGUCGGGGGUCUCUACGCCGCUGUGUAUCCGUCCUCGCUGUUUGGAAGUCUAACGGGCAUGCAGUCGCUGGUCAGCGCUGUGUUUGCUCUCCUGCAGCAACCCCUGUUUCUGGCUAUGAUGGGGCCCUUGGAGGGAGACCCAUUCUGGGUCAACGUCGGCCUCUUUGGUCUGAGCAUGCUGGGCUUCUUGCUGCCGCUCUACCUGAUCUGCUACAGGCGGACGCUCGACAGAGAGCAGCAGCGAAAGGAGGACAGCGCCAAGAUCUACGUCAAGCUCAACGGCACCGACAUCCCCGAGGCCUACGUCUAGAGAAGAAGCCAACGCGAGGAAACUCAUUUAGAAUAAGACUUUUAAACCUACCACUGUGUAAUUGUUAUAGGUCCCCGAGUACACACGCAAACAAACACAGGCACACACACACAACUCUGAACCGAGACAAACGGAUGCUGCGGUUGUCACAGGAGACGGAUCAGCUGGACGGUCGCUAAGGAGGAAAGUGAAGAAGAGGAAAGAGGAAAGACUGUGAAAGGAAAGAGGCGUGAGUCCUCUGCAUCUCGCCCCAAACCCUCUGACUUCUCUUUUUUUAUGCCCUCCGUCGCCGAGCAACACAUCAAGUGCAAAUCCGUUCCACACAGGACUGUUUUAAUAUUCUCCAAAUGAACAGAAAAGGAGUUUGUUAAGCUCAUGAACAUCCUCCAGGACUGAAUAACCUCACCAUUAUUAGUUAUUAUCUCACAUGUUGAUGUUGUAUAUCACCCUGAUUGUACAUCCCAUAAUAUAGUGCUACCAGUCGAGUCACCUGCUGGAUUUUUGAUAUAUGAUGUAAGUGUGGACCACAUGGCAUUAUCGAGGGACAGGAAGGAGAGGAGAACUGCAUCGCUGACGUUUUGAAGAGGAUCGUUAUGAUUAAUUAUGGGGAUUGUUUUCUUAUUCUUUUUUUUUUUUUUGUACCUAACAUCUUAUUAUAGUGUAAAAUAGCCGAGAAUACACCGUAGUAUGGAUGAAUGUCAGCGUUUCCUUAAGGCUGCAUUGUGAAAGAGGGGUGUCAAAUCUUAACCGCGGUAUAGUUUUGCUCAAAGCGAAAUGUUCAUGUACGUUUAGAAGUAUUUAUUUUAUUGCUUUCUUUAGUUGUUUUUUUUAUGUUAAGUUUGCCUCGCGAUUAUACUUCAUGUGUGAAAAGAUCUACACAUAUCAGUCAAAAUAGUCCCCCCCCCCUCAUCAUGUUUCCCCAUCAAUCGAUAAACGCAUCAUCUUCCACCGAUACUGAUUGGCACUUUAUACCCUGGGGACCUCUUCACAAUAAAGUCCACACACACACACAGCUCAUCUCAGCACUUCUCUCCUGAUGCCUCUCGAGGAAUAAUACCACUUUCAUGUCGGACUCUUCCUGCCUUCUUAUGUGUAUUUAUUUCAGUUUGCGUUCACUUCUCCUCCCGUAUUUAAAUCCCGCCGUGCUGUCGGCGUGUCACAUGACUGAUCACAUGACUCAUCGUAUACACACUGUCGUUGGCGUAGAGCUCGAGGUCAUGUAGAGAUGUCGGGCAGGCGUUCCUUUUUUUUUUUUUGAAAAUGGAAGAAUGUGUGGGAGUUAAUAAAGAUGAGAUGAUCUCUUUAAA